ACCGAUCCCAUGUACACUCUCUCGCCGCGAUCCGCCGGCUAUAUAAGGUGCAAACGGGCCGAUCUCCGGCAUUCAUUGUUUGCUCGCAGGCGACUCAACGCCUCGACCGCAAGGACCAAAGGACUUCGGGCCGUAAAUCGCUUUCAUUCACCAUUAAUCUUGUGCUGAGUUCGAGUCCCCGUCUCGGGGAUUGAGUGUGCCUGUGUACCCAACUGUUUAUCAAAGCAAAUUAAAACUAAAAGCCAAACAGCGCCAAAUACAAACAGAGAUACGUCGGGCGGCGAAGUAAACAAAACAUCGCGAAACGUGCGCGCCAACAAAAAACCGAAAUAGGGGAAAAAUUCGCUAUUAAUUUUCCCGAUUGCUUGUCUACGUAGAACAAAAGAAAGCGCUUUGCAAUAAACAAAAUACGAAACAGAAAACCAGAACGGCAAGAACCAGUCAACAUGGAAGUGCAGAAACUGCCGGAUCAGUUGCUGAUAGCCAGCAGCAUUCUGGACUCCAGAUGUGGGCUGAACGACUUGUAUCCGAUUGCCCGGCUGACACAGAAAAUGGAGGACGCCCUGAGUGUUUCUGGAAAGGCCGCGUCGGCCCCGGGCCCCGUCGAUAAGGACUGCCCCUAUACCAUCGAACUGAUCCAGGCCGAGGAUGCCGAGGCGGUGAUAGCCAUGCUCAAGACCUUUUUCUUCAAGGACGAACCCCUCAAUACCUUCCUCGACCUGGGAGAGUGCAAGGAACUGGAGAAGUACUCCCUCAAGUCGCUGCCCGACAACUGCUCAUACAAGGCGGUCAACAAGAAGGGCGAGAUCAUAGGCGUAUUUCUAAAUGGAUUAAUAAGGCGUCCGUCUCCCGAUGAAGUGCCGGCGAAGGCAGCCGAUUCCUGCGAUCAUCCCAAGUUCAAGAAGAUCCUCUCGAUGAUGGACCAUGUGGAGGAGAACUUCAGCAUCUUCGACGUUUAUCCGGACGAGGAGCUGAUCCUGGACGGCAAGAUCCUGUCGGUGGACACCAAUUACCGGGGCCUGGGCAUCGCCGGUCGACUGACGGAGCGUGCCUACGAGUACAUGCGGGAGAACGGCAUCAAUGUGUACCACGUAUUCUGCUCCAGCUACUAUUCCGCCCGGGUGAUGGAGAAGCUGGGCUUCCACGAAGUGUACAGCAUGCAGUUCGCCGAUUACAAGCCGCAGGGAGAGGUGGUCUUCAAGCCGGCAGCCCCGCAUGCGGCCAUCAAGGUGAUGGCCAAGGAAGUGGGCCCCGCGAAGACGGCGCAGACGAAGCUGUAGAUGAUCUGCAUUUGGAUUUUGUACUAUGUGAUUCUUUAGUUUGUAGUUCGGUGGCGGGUUCCCGGUAGUGUCUCCACUUUCGAUUCAGAGUAGCAUAAACAACCAGUACAAGUUACGUAUUUAUCUAAUUUAAUUCGCCCGUUGCGACGGUAAACUUAAGUGUUUUGUGUUUAGAGAGAGCUCAAAAUAAAACAAUGUCUUCAAAAACGA